CUUUGAGCUUCAACUUAGUCGAAUAGGAUGAAUAGACGCGUUCAAGCACAUGAUCCCCACUGCACAUUUUGGGAAUGUUCAUUCCCACCCCUGAGUAAGCUCGGGAGCCGUGAGGCUCUGCAGCUUAGUCGCUGCAAUCAGAGGAAUGGCUUCGAAGGGUUUCCAUUGAAGGUUAUGGCUCAGCAACAACGUGCAUGUGAAGCAACCGCACCGCUUUUCCCUUCCGUUUUAGACCGUCGGAACAAGGAGACAUGUCCAGAGACAGCAUGACGACCGUGCGAGGAGCUCAUGGUGCGAGCACCAGCACUGGCGCUGCGGCGUCGCCCAAAGAGAACGGCCACGCUCCGCCCGGCGCCCGCUUCCAUCGCCCCUCUGCGGAGAACACGCCCGACGAUGACAGCCCAGUGUCGGCCACCAGAGAGCUGGCGCAGACGUGGCUGCAAUUCGCCAAGACCUUUGUGCUCAUUUUCCCAAUUUACGCCCUGGGCUACUUUGAGUUCAGCUUCAGUUGGAUGUUGAUCGGACUCGUGGUAUAUUUCUGGUGGAGGAGAAAUGCCGGAGGGAAGCGCAGCCGAUUGAGUCGGGCUUUGGCAUUCUUGGAGCGGGAAGAGAAGAGCCUCGCGACGGGUCUUACCACCUCGGACCUCCCGCCGUGGGUCCACUUCCCGGACGUUGAGCGAGUGGAGUGGCUAAACAAGACGGUGAAGCAGAUGUGGCCCUACAUCUGCAAGUAUGUGGAGAAGCUGUUCCGCGACUCGGUGGAGCCUGCCGUUAAGGAGUCCAAUGCCCACCUCAGCACCUUUCGCUUCAGCAGGAUCGACAUCGGAGACAAACCUCUGAGGGUCAACGGUGUGAAGGUUUACUCCGAGAACCUGGACCGACGACAGAUUGUCAUGGACCUACAAAUCAGCUUUGUAGGUAACACUGAGAUCGACGUGGACAUCAAACGCUACUACUGCAAAGCAGGAAUCAAGAGCGUUCAGAUUCACGGCGUGUUGCGUGUGCUGAUGGAGCCGUUGCUGGGCGACAUGCCUCUCGUCGGAGCGCUUUCUCUCUUCUUCCUCAAGAAGCCUCUUCUCGACGUCAACUGGACGGGCCUCACGAACGUACUUGACAUUCCUGGGCUCACCGGCCUUUCUGACAGUCUGAUUCAAGAUAUCAUCUCAUCCUAUCUGGUCUUACCUAACCGGAUAACCAUCCCGCUGGUUGGAGACGUGGAACUCGCCCAGCUUCGCUUCCCCAUGCCGAAGGGAGUGCUACGGAUUCACUUUUUGGAAGCCCAGGAUCUGGAGGGGAAGGAUAAAUUCCUGGGCGGGCUCAUCAAGGGCAAGUCGGACCCAUACGGCAUCCUGCAGAUUGGCAAUCAACUCUUUCAGAGCAAGACAAUCAAGGAGACCCUCCACCCCAAAUGGAACGAAGUUUACGAGGCUUUGGUUUACGAGCACUCGGGUCAGCAUCUCGAGAUCGAGUUGUUCGACGAGGAUCCCGACAAAGACGAUUUCCUGGGAAGUCUGUUGAUCGAUAUGACUGAACUCCACAAAGAACAGAAGGUGGACGAGUGGUUCGACCUCGAGGAGGCGCCAACCGGGAAGCUCCACUUGAAACUGGAGUGGCUGUCUCUGCUAUCCACGUCGGAGAAGUUGGAGCAGGUGCUGCGGAGCGUGCGAGCAGAUAGGAGUCUGGCCAAUGACGGCCUGUCGUCGGCACUGCUGGUCGUCUAUUUGGAUUCGGCGAAGAACCUGCCGAGCAUCUUCAGCGGCAGCUUAGGUUGCGGCAAUUUAAGCGAGAGGCGAGCAUCUGGCCUGGUGUUUUGCGAGAGCAACAGCUCGCAGUAUCGCACCAUCGGCUCGGCAAAGAAGAGCAGCAGCAGUGAGCCAAGCCCUUUUGUCCAAUUAACCGUCGGGCACAAAACGCAAGAGAGCAAGGUCCGCUACAAGACCAAGGAGCCUUUAUGGGAGGAUUCUUUCUCAUUUCUGGUCCACAAUCCCAGGAGGCAGGAGCUAGAGGUGGAGGUGAAAGAUGAGAAGAGCAAGUGCACCUUGGGUAAUCUGACCGUACCUCUGAGCGGCCUUCUGGCCGAAGAGGACAUGACGCUGACGCAGUGCUUCCCGCUCAAGAACUCUGGUCCCAGCUCCAGCAUCAGAUUUAAAAUGGCCUUGCGGGUCCUAUCACUGGAGAAGCAGGUCUCGUCAGACCAACCUUCUUCAGUCCGGGUCCGAAAGUCAAGCUUACCCCAACCGGCCGCCUCGACCAGAGCGUCCACCUCCGACUCGCCGCCGCCUCAUUCGCCCACCCCGCCCCCUCUUUUGCUCACCCCACCUCCUCUUCCGCCCCCGCCCGCACAUGCAUCAUCCUCUUUUACGCUGCAUCACCGGGACGGCGAGCCGUACGCCUCCAGCCCGCUGCGCAGUGUCUCCAGCAUAUGCGUCGGUAUCUCGGCCUCUCAGAAGCACCUAGCCCACAAUGAGUCCACGCCCAGCUUGGCCUCGGACAUCUCGCUGCCUUUCGCCACCCUGGAGCUUCAACAGAGGCUUCGACAGCUGCACAAUGGCUUGACCCCGAGCCAGUUCCCCCUGGGUGAGGUCCACCUGACUGUUCGACAUAGCGCCCAACGCAACAAACUCAUCGUGGUGAUUCACGCGUGUCGAAAUUUGAUAGCCUUCUCAAAAGAUGCCUCGGACCCCUUUAUCCGCCUCUACCUGCUGCCUGACAAGAGCCGCACGGGCAGGAGGAAGACGGCCACCGUGAAAAAGAGCCUCAACCCUGUUUACGAUCAGACAUUUGAAUUCAGCGUGUCAAUUGUGGAGCUCCACAGGAGAACUCUGGACGUUGCUGUAAAGAAUGGAGGAAACAUCUUGUCCAAACACAAAGGCCUAUUGGGAAAAGUGCUGGUCGAUUUGAGUGGAGAAGAUAUAGCGAAAGGAUGGACGCAAUGGUAUGAGCUGAGCGAAGAUGGUUUGUCUUCACAAAGGAGCAUCCAAGAGACAUGUACAUAGUGACCCUAAUUACAACCAUCUUAUUUCUGUACUGUACAUUUUUGUCAUAUAGAAUCAUUUCAGCAUGCAUUUUCUCUUUUUGACUCUUGUCGGCGCAUCCAAAUAUUGUAACAUAUUGUUAACUUAAUGAAAGGUCUUGUCGGUGUUUGUGGUGUUGCUCGUAGCAGGGCAUUAAAAAAGUGACAAAAUUCUUACCAAAGCAGCGGAAUGAACCCUGUAAGUCGGCAGUUGUUUGUAUUUUGUCCUGCAGUGGAUGGUUUGACUUUUGUUUUGUAUAUAUGUAUUUUGAUUUCAACUAUGGAAUGCACAUCAAACUGAAUGCUUUGUGUAAUUUUUAGGUGGACUUUGUGUAAUAUUGUUUUGGACAUGCAUGGUCUCCACGACAAGAACCUUUUGUGGGCAUUUUAUAGGGCUGCAAAUGAUGUAGAAAAAAAUAUAUAUACUUGAAUUUAGGGUUUGGUGGGUAUUCAGACCAGAUGCGAGCCAAGAAACCAGACUAGAGACAACUGUUCACGUGUGUUUUUUGUUUUGUUUUCUUUUUUUUUUGGUGGGGUGGGGGCGGUUGUCGCAGGGCUUCCAAGAAACUGAAGCUUUGUCAGUUGUGUUUUUGUUUUUGCGAUGCAGUUUUAACUGUUUGUGCUUAUUGGAGCUUUUUAAUCUAACCCGUGCCUUAAACAUUUUUAAAAAACCUCACCACCGUGUAAUUCUUGCCUUCUGAAAGUUAUUGAUUUCAGAUGACGUGACUUUUUGAUGAAUAAAUUCUUUCCUUUGAGAAAA